UCUAAAACCCUCGUGUCCUUUCCCCCUCAAAGCCUUUGGACGUCUUCCUCGACGAGCAUCAUCCUCCUUCCUUCCUUCCUGCCUUUGGUCGCUCCUGCUCCGGCACAUCGAGCAUCCUCCUCCGUCGAAGCGGAAGAAUCGAAGCGAUCGGCUCCCCCCUAAUUCGUUCAGGAUGAGUACCAUGAAAUUCUGCUGCGAAUGCAACAACAUACUGUAUCCCAAGGAGGACAGGGAGGAGAAGAUCCUCCUCUUCGCUUGCCGCAACUGCGAGCACCAGGAGGUUGCCGAUGACAAUUGUGUCUACAGAAAUGAGAUACAUCACUCCGUUGGGGAGCGAACUCAAGUUUUGCAGGAUGUAGCAGCAGAUCCAACUUUACCUCGUACAAAAUCUGUACGCUGUGCUCAAUGUAACCAUGGCGAAGCUGUCUUCUUCCAGGCCACUGCUAGAGGGGAGGAAGGUAUGACGCUGUUCUUUGUCUGCUGCAACCCAAAUUGUGGAUAUCGUUGGAGAGAUUGACAUCCACCGGGAUGCUUGAAUCUAACUCGGAUAAUGUUUCUUGGUGUUUGCUGAAAGAAACUAUCUGCUAACUCAUUGAUCUGGGUGCGGGGGACCUAAGAUUAUCCAUGUCGUGGUCCUAUUUUUUCCUGGAGCUGGUUCAGUUUGGCUGUAACUCGUUGACCAAAAGAAUUCAAUCUGUAACUAGCGGUAUUUCAAUUUGGGUCUUUAGUGUGAAUUGCUGGAUUUUUUUAAA